UAACCCAAUCUAUACAAUCGCCAGCCACAGCUUUGCAAAUUUUCUCCCCUCUCUGAUUACCGAUACAAUAUAUCUAAAUCCAAAAUUAAAUCAAAAGCCCCUUUUCAGCUCUACGGAAGAAUUGAUGAUGCAUGGGGCAGUUUCAGUGUGUGUGGAUUGAGUAGAGCAACAGCAUGUGCACCGGCUCGGUUUCGGGUUCGGACUCGGAGUCGGGCUCGAAUGGUUGGAGCAAAGCCCCCGGAGUAGUGGUGAAGGCUCUGGUGUUAAUUGGCGGUGCGUUGCUGCUGAAGCGUUUCACCAAGUCCACCACUCGCUGGGACCACACUCGCAUCGUUGCGGACUCGCUCGCCGGUGAGAAGUUUUCGAGGGAGCAAGCUUCGAGGGACCCGGAGAAUUAUUUCAAUUUGAGAUGGCUUUCGUGCCCAGCUGCAGAAAUGGUGGAUGGUUCAAGGGUUUUGUACUUUGAACAGAUUUUCAAUUCAUUCUUUUGGUGGCAGGCAUUCUGGAGAACUCCUCACAAACCUUUCCGACAGAGGUUUUUCAUGGUAAAACCUUGUUCAAAGGAGAUGAAGUGUGAUGUUGAGCUGAGUACAUAUGCAAUCCGAGAUUCAGAGGAGUACAGGAACUUCUGUGAUCGGUCAAAGGACCAAAGGCCACAGCCUGAAGAAGUUAUCGGGGACAUUGCAGAACAUUUGACCACCAUUUAUCUCAAACGCUGUGAUCGAGGCAAGCGUUGUCUGUAUGAAGGUUCAACUCCUCCUGAUGGAUAUCCUAAUACAUGGAAUGGUGCAUCAUAUUGUACCUCGGAACUUGCUGUUUUGAAAAACAGCGAAAUACACACAUGGGACAGAGGCUAUGAUAAUGAUGGAAAUCAAGUUUGGGGUGUAAAGGGUGGUGCAUACGAGUUUAAACCUGCUCCAGCAUCAAGUUUUAGCGAUCCAUUUUCGUCUUUAAAUUUUCCUCCCCAGUUUAUGGAGAAACGUAUAGAGGGUUCAUUUGUCCUCCAAGAAUGAUCACUUCUUUGAUGGAUUAUAUUAUGUACAUUUAGUGUAACUUCUUGAAAUACCAGAGCAUACAUCCUUCUUUCUCCUACUUGUAUUUGCUCUCAGUAUUGUACAUAACACGUUUAAUUCUUUUGACUGACCCCUAAUUAGUAGAAGAAGAUGGAGCCCCUGAGAAUCCAUCUCAUCUUCACUAAUGACAAUGUAAUGAUUAUGAUUCAAGUUUUAAAAGCCUUUGCAGUAGGCUAUAUAUGGAUACCUCUAUUAUCAUUGAACUGA